AAUGAAUAGAGCAGCUCUACGGCAUGCGGCCCAUGCAGCGGCCGCAUCGCUAGUCACAAAUGCCCAACAACCCACAUCAACAUUCAAGUAUCAGAAGCUAAGUUACAGAAGCUCGUCAUAAUGUUCAGGCUCGUCAGUAUAUGUGCUGUACGUUGUAUUUUAAUUCAUAAAAUAUUGGAUACAAAUAGAUUUGAGAAUAGAAAAUCAUCAGGGGCAAGAUUUAUUAUGUCUAUGUCAUUGUUAAACAUACUGCACUGUAUUUUAACUCAACCUAGAUUCAAUUAAACAAUUUAGUGACUAGUGUCAUUGGCUUGUGUCACAUAGCAUUCCAUAGGGACAUAGUGCUCUGUCUAUGUAGCUUACAGGCCUUUUCCUAUAAUGAGCUGUCAGCAACGUUGCUUGGCAACCGUCAUGGGACGCAAUAAGGUGUGGCACAGAUUGCGCCACUGUGAAUGCUUACUUCGUGUUCAUCGCAUAUGACCGCAAAACAAAACUAUCAGUGGGCUUGUGAUUUAGAAGAUGUCUUAGAAAUGUGCAGUAGGCUAAUUUUACCUUCUCCAAUCCCUUCGCCUCCCACACACUCUCCUGCCUCCGCAUGUCACAGUCACCCUCGGAGCAAGCCUAAUCAGGCACAUUUUCUCACAUCAUGACUAUAAAAUGAAAAUAUUUACCGUAUUGUCUUUAUGUUUAGAAAGAAAGCUAUCCCUUGAAGCGUAAAAAAAAAAAGUGAUAUAAUUAAAAUGUUUAUUUUAAUGACAGCAUCCUUCCUAAAAUUACAAAUUAAUGUAUAUGAGAAAGUGAGAGUCCCUUCCUUCUCGCAAGACAUUGCUGACACAGUGUGUUAGUAUCAGUAGUAUAGCAAGUACUGCCAUGGUUACCUGCAUGGAAACCACAUCUUUGGGGACUUGGGCUUCUCCCUUCCCAUCCAUAUCUCCCUUGGUGUUAGAAACAUGUUUACAGUCCUAACAUUACCCAAAUUCUAAUUUGCCUCCAAAUGACAAAAAACUUCCCUUUUUUUUUUUAUUUUUUAAAAUUUUUUUUAAUUAGGCCUGGACAUCAUGAAAAAAAUAAUAAAAAAAAAGUCAAAAGGCAUUUAAUCCACCUUUUAUGAGUGUACUAUGUUAAGCAUUCUAUAUAAGACACACUGUAAAAACUUGCAUUCAUUAAUUUAGUACCAUGAUUAAUACAACUCCCAAAAUAUAUCCAAAACUUGCUGGCUGCUUUUUUUCUGUGAUUCAUUAGGGAUUGGUAGUGCAACCAAGGGUGGGGGGAGCUAUAGAACCACAAAGGAUUUAGGCUUUGAGUACAGUACACCCAACAGUGAAUUGGCAUAAUCCUAAUGAGGACCAUGCACUUCCAACGCUGCCGGUAAAUAUAUGGCUGCAAUGCUGAUAAAAAGGGGUUGGAUGUGCUCCAUUUGGGUGGUAUUUGCCCUUCCGGUUCUCUACACAAAGAAAACAGCUGCAUAUGAAGGAAAAAGCCUAUCUGCAUCUGGCUACCAUCGAUGUAUUUACAACGAGACCCAUCCUGUGAGUUCCGUGGUGUUGCGAAGGGUUCCAUAUACUGUGAUCCAACCUUGCAGUGGCUGGCUCUUUUGGACAACAUGUCCAGUGACACUUUUCCGAAUAGUUCAUCAGACUGAGUACAGGAUGAUGAUGGUGCAGGUGACCAGAUGUUGCCAUGGUUACAUGCAAGUUGGAAGUUACUGUGCCCUGUCUUUAAAUCGCAGUGAGGAGUUCAUGACCAAACCUGGAUCCUGCCCAACCACAGAUGGAUCUUCUUCCAGCCUUGAUGACUGUGACUGGGACAUCGAUUGCCCAAAUUGGCAAAAGUGCUGCGAGAGAUCAGGUCACUUUCUCUGCAAUAACCCUGCAAGAUCAGCUGAUUACACUGAGAAUGGGGGAAACCGUUUCAAUGCGACAGUGACAGUGAAGACAGAUUACCAGCAACUGAUGAAUAAUGACGCGCUUCUCAACCACACAAGAUUACUUCAAGCAAUGGUAACUGGAGCGCUGCAGUCUGUCAAUCUUUCAGUCUAUUACCUCGCCUCUUGGCCUGUGCAUCCGUAUAGAACUGCGACCUCGCUGCUGAUAGACUGCAGCUUUGUUCUUCCACCGCACAGCAGCGUCACAUCAAAGCUGCAUUUCCUCCUCAAACACAUACAGGAGGUGUCAGCUGUGACCGUGGAAGAUGUAAAUGAGUGUGCACAUCCCGCUCUCCAUCAUUGCUCUCCACUGGCACAAUGUAGCGACACAGUGGGCUCUUACCAGUGCACCUGCUAUGGAGGAUAUAUUGAUGUUGACCUUAGAAAUCCAGGAACUCAUUGUGCAGUCUCCCCUGGCUUCAGCAGAUUGCAGGCUGCCAACGUCACUGGCUCUUCUUUUUGUGUGUACUGGUCCACCCUAAUCUCAACAAACCAGACUUACUUGGUGGUUCUUAGUGUGGGCUCCGAGGUUAUUUGUAUGUGGACAACUGAGCAGACCGUGAUGGAGCUAAGGGAACUGCAGCCGGGAGUGCUCUACAAUGUCACUGUUCAGCUCCACACAAACAAAAGCCAUGGAGAUAUUCUUUAUAUUGCUGUCAGAACUGAUGCUCGAACUCUCGAUGCAACCACUCGACUUACCAACAUCCCGUUCACCGAUGACCUGCACAAUACAAGCAGCCAGGCCUACAAAAAUCUCACUGCGGGCAUUUUAGACGAGAUCUACCGCUCUCUGACCCAAGAGAUGCGGGCUAUGGUGAAUUCCGGUCAGGUGAGAAUCGAGAUCAGGAACCUUUCCCCAGGCAGUGUGGUCGUCAACUUCACUGUGAUCUUCAGCCCCAGUCAAGAGCAGGACAUCCAAAAUACAUCCACAGCACUACUCUACUCACUGAUGAACAGCUCCAUAUACACCGUGGAUGAAAACAACACAAGCAUCAGUGAUUUUGAUGAAUGUGUUCCAGGGGAAAAUGACUGUUCCCAGUGGGCUACAUGCACAAACACCUGGGGCUCCUACACGUGCUCUUGUCUAGAGGGAUUUCUGGACACAGAACUACAAAGGCCUGGUAGAGCCUGUCAAGCUACGAUGAGGACCACAACAUUACCAUCAACAUUUUCCUCAGUCAACACUUCCCUUUUAUUUCAAAUAACAACGUCGAUGUAUCCAGCUCCAAAUACGAUUGGCACCCCUGUAGAGACAAUUACCGCAAUCACCCCUGAUGAAAUAGCCACCACUAGUCCACCAACAACCACCUCCAUCGCACUAGUAACUGCCACCAUCGUAGCAACAACCACCUCUAUCACACCAAGAAUUGCAACCAUGGUCACAACAACCACCAAUAUUGUACCAACCACCACCACUAAUGCACCAACAACCAUCAGCAUGGUACCAAUAAACACCAAUAUUCUACCAACAACCACCACUAAUACGCCAGCAGCUGCCAGCAUGGUACCAGCAACCACCUCUAUCACACCAACAACUGCAACCAUGGUACCAACAACCAUCUCUAUUGCACCAACUACUACCACUGUACCAACAACCACCACUAAUGCACCAACAACCAUCAGCAUGGUACCAACAACCACCAAUAUUCUACCAACAACCACCACUAAUACGCCAGCAGCUGCCAACAUGGUACCAGCAACCACCUCUCUCACACCAACAACUGCAACCAUGGUACCAACAACCAUCUCUAUUGCACCAACUACUACCAAUAUACCAACAACCACCACUAAUGCACCAACAACCAUCAACGUGGUACCAACAACCACCAAUAUUCUACCAACAACCACCACUAAUGCGCCAUCAACCGCCAAAAUGGCACCAACAACCACUUCCACUAUAGCAACAACCACCUUCACUUCACCCGCAUCCAUUUCUGCAGAACUAACAAUCCCCACUAUCGCGGCAACAACCUCCACUAGAGUACCAACUACUGCCUCCACUGUUUCAACAAGCACAUUUAAACUAACAACCGGCACCAUUGCAACAACCACUCAUGUAGUAAUUCCGACCACGACUCCACCCACAACUGCCAGGACUGAGCGCACGACCCCCGAUACAGACCUGGAUUCCAAUGUUACACCCCAUAGAACGUGUUCAAUCGUGGGUGAUAUUUCAGUUGAUUGUACAGUUACUGGAAUGACAGUGACAGUUGCUAGAGAGUUUCUAGUUAAUAAUAACAUCAGGGAGGACACUCUGUACCUGGGCCAUCAGGAGUGCGGGGUCAGCGGGUUCAAUGCCAGCCACGCUCAGCUGAUCGUGAAGUGGAAUGAGUGCAUCACAAUUUUGGCACAAAAUGAUUCAUAUUACAUGGCAUCUGUAACACUGUUCAACACCAUGGAAACUUCCACGUCACCCAACGGAACGCUGGAGGCACCCAAAUUGCGCCUGGAAGUUCCCAUAAUAUGCACCUACAUGAGGAGCAUGCUCAUCUCUGCUGACUUUGGCUCCAUGGGGUAUAAAUUGAUCCAAGAUGUGAUCUCAAGCUCCGGGAUGUUCCAGGUGACAGUCCAGCUGCUGAACGGUACUUUUCCUCUACCUUCCAACUCCAGCUUGUCUCCAGAGGAGGCUGUGGUGGUGGAAGUGAGCACGAAUACUUCCGCAGAACAGAUCAAAGUAGUGAUCGACUCAUGCUGGGCCACCCCCUCCCAAAAUCCGCUAGACAACAAACGCUUUGUCUUCCUGGCCAGCAGAUGCGCCCUCAACACGUACACCGACGUGCUGAUGAACGGAAACUCCAGCACAUCUCGUGUGUCUGUGCAGAUAUUUUCUUUUGUCGAUGUCAAUUUGAUAUAUCUGCACUGCCACGUUCAAAUCUGCAUGAAGAUUGGAUCUGAUACCUGCGUGCCUGACUGCGUGCAAAGAACAGCUUGGUCUUCUAACACCAUUGGAAGAGGGUUCGGGUCUUUCGGGCCUUUGCUUAAAUCCGAGGAACGAUCCUCAGAGAGUGCAAAUGGCAAACUCCAACUGAUCGGACUGUCCUUCCUCGGAGUCGCUGUGCUUCUCUUCUUCGUCAUUGGCCUUGCCUGCCUGUUCUACUAUCAAAGGAAUCGCAUUGGGCAUUACAACUUCACUGCCAAAUCCAAGCCUCUGAACAUCACCCAUAUUGAAUUUAAUGCUUAAGUCUCCAAGUUACAUGCUUGGCCGCGCCAAGCUUCAUCGUAGCUUCUAGAGUCACCAAGCUAUGAUGAGCGACCCAAUCAGAGCAAAGCUCAUUUACAUAUUAUCGGAAAAGACAGAGUACAAUAGCUUGAAGAAAGACAUUUUGGGCAUUUUCAACCCAAAUGAUCUUGAAAACCUGAUAAAAGCACAUCAAAGAUUCUAAAAAUAAAAUCAAAUUAAUUGAUGGAAAGGGAUAUUUAAAUAAGCAAAAAUGAUGAGACAAUUGAUUAUAUUUUAUAUAAAUAGCAUUGUACAGUCGUUGCCCCCAACCCUGACUCCUGAACAAAUAGAUGGAUAUUAAUUUUCAUAAUUAUUAUACAUAUAUACACUAUUAUACAGUUUUUACAGAAUAAUAGUGAAAAUAUUUUACAUUUAUUAUCGUCGACAUUUUUUUAUGCCUACUGCUGUAGAUAUUUUAUUGUUUACCUGUCAUGGUUUAAUAUAAAAACAUAUAUGCAUAUAUAUAUAAAGACAGACAAUAAUAAUUACAAUAAAAACAUUUAAUAGGGCUCUCAAGCUGCUGUUUUAGUUAUUGUUUACAGUAGCAAUGGUCAAUGCAUGAGGUCACUUAAAAGGGCGUCGCUGACCAGUAGGUGUUUUGAUUGGGUUGAGGUGAAGGCUCUUCAUUUUUCGACUGCGUGUAGUGCAAAAUCAACCACCAGGUUCAGAUCAUUAAAAAAGCUGUUGUGGGUGUGCGCGCACGCACACAAACACACACACACACACACACAAGCGGUUAUUGAACUCUAAUACUAAUAAGCUUCUUUUAUCAUGGAGUCCCUUUAGAGCCACGGCAAGACGAGAAGCUUCCAAAACUCUACCAUCUGCGGCAUCGCCGUCACAAACCUGGUAACCCGUUUCUAUGGCAACAGGCCUUAUUUUUGGUUUAUAUUAAUGUUAUAGUAAUGCACAUUAUACAGAGGUGCCUAGAAGAGAUUUGGAAGUGUAUUGUGCUUUGGGAACGUGGCGUGGAGGUUUAUUGUGGAGAAUACUUCGUCAUAAUGUUCGCCCUUCUCCUUCCUCUUUCGCUUCCCGCUUAACGUCUACCUUGGUGUUCAUUCGAGAUGACAAAUUCAUGCGGGUGUGGUCACGGCAUGCUCUUCUUUUGUACUUAAUGUCACUUUCGUCACAUUCUGCUCAAAGGUCACGGCGCAGACGUGUUUGCCACUUUUGUCCUCAUGCUACUUGCGACGUCCCAGCAAGCAGGUUAUGUGAAGCUCACCUGCUCAUUUUGCCCCACGGAAGCUUGGCCCAAACUUGCUUUGCGCCAUAGCAACGAUUAAUCAAAUGCAGGGGGGAAUUAUGUCAUAUGGUUGGGAUAUUAUAAAGGUUCCUACACAGAACAAAACUGCCUGACACUCUAGUCUGUAAACAAACACAGUGCAGCUCAGCUUCUGGCUAGCGGAUGUCACAUGGUGCAAACGCAACCCCCCACACACCAUUUGAAUUAUGAUAAUUAGCCAGCGUAAUAAUUUACACUUUUACCAUUGCACUUGUCUCCAUCAUUCAUUUCCUACGAAAAAGAAAAUUGGCUAAUGUUGUUUUUCAUAAGAAGAAAAGAUUCUAGCUAUUGAUGUUUCAUUCUAAAUGUCAUUCAAAUCACUUGCAUAUACAGGUGCAUCUCAAUAAAUUAGAAUAUGGUGAGAGGUUGGUUAAAGAUGAAGAUUAAAAAGGGAAAUCCGUCCAUCCAUCCAUUCUCUGAGCCACUUCUCCUCACUAGGGUCGCGGGCAUGCUGGAGCCUAUCCCAGCUGUCAUCGGGCAGGGUACACCCUGAACUGGUUGCCAGCCAAUCACAGGGCACAUCGAAACAAACAACCAUUCGCACUCACAGUCGUGCCUACGGGCAAUUUAGAGUCUCCAAUUAAUGCAUGUGUUUGGGAUGUGGGAGGAAACCGGAGUGCCCGGAGAAAACCCACGCAGGCACGGGGAGAACAUGCAAACUCCACACAGGCGGGGACGGGGAUUGAACCCCGCACCUCAGAACUGUGAGGCUGACGCUCUAACCAGUCGGCCACCGUGCCGCCAGGGAAAUCCGUAAUGUUUAUUAUAUAUUUCUAUGUUAAAAUCCUUUUGAUUCUUCUGUCACCUAAUUUCUUGAGAUGCUGAAUUUGAGUUGAUUUCCUUCGCUGUAAGCUGUAAUGAUCAAAAUGAUAAAGAAUAACAUUAAAAUAAAACAAAUAACAUAUGAUCAUAUGUCAAUGAAUAGCAAGUGUGGUGUAUUGUGUGAGACCCCCCCCCCCCCCACACAUUUAGCCCAGCUCUUUGAGUUUUAAAUAAUUUGUUAGUAUAGAGCGAGGACACUUGCCUAUUACCACAGACAUCCACCCUCCGACGACCCUGUCAGGUCAAGAGGUCAACGUCUUGCUGCACGAUAAUAACAAUUCCUUAAAACGUCCGCACAUACUGGAUAAACAUUGCGCAUGUUGUGCAUUCGCGGC